AUGGAGUUAAUUCUAACUCCAUUUAAAAAUAAGGGCGAGAAGUCGCAUCUAUCGGAAUUAAGCAAGGCAGAACCAAACACUUCGAUCAUGAUUUUUUUUAAUAAAUUUAUUUUUGAAACACUUGGUUUUGAGUUUUUGAGAAUAAAACUCACCAUUUGUUACCAAGCGGCUGUUGCUCCUCAUGGUAUCAAAUCCAUGUGGAGAGGUGCAGUAGCAUGCAGGUAAAU